AUGUCAAGUGAUCAAUCGUGGUCUGAUCUGGUUGGUAAGCCAGUUGAUGAAGCUGUUGCGGCAAUUAAAAGUAAAAAUCCAAGUUUGAAUGUAAUUCGAUUAGAAGAAGGUUCAGCAGUAACAAAGGAUUUCCGAUCGGAUCGUGUACGUGUCUUCUUUAAUGCCAAUAACAAAGUUUCAUCGACACCAAGAACUGGUUAA